CUGGGCGAUCGGUUCUGUUCCUUUCGCUUCUUUAUUAGCUGUUCAUGGUUCAAUUUCGGUUCUGGUGGGCUGUUGCUUUGCGACGAGAAAAGAUUUUCCCGUCUUUUUCUCCGAAAAUAAUGAACUUCCACUUCCUCUUGACACUAAGAUUUUCUCUCAGAGCUGCUGAAGCCCAGCCGUAGUCUGGGAUUUUUCUUCUCUUUUUCCCUCUUGAUUGUUUUCUCUCAGUUCUUCUCUGCUUCAACACAUAACUAAAUCAUGGAGAAAGCGUUGACCCCUGCUAAAUGAUGCCUUAAACGCUCCCAGACUCUGAGUUUCUAGUGAUUCGGGAUCGAGUACGUGAUUUCUAGGCAAUUAGGAUCUUUCAAAGCCCAGGAUUUGCUGAUUGGGUCCGCCUGUAUCGCGGUGGACUUAUCUGGAAGAGUAUAACUGUUGAUGGAUACGGAUGCCGAGGAUCCUAACGGCUGCGUGAAUAAGCCUGUGGCUUCUGUGGAUGCUGAAAAGGUUGAGGAUCGAACUAAUGGAGAAGACGACAGCGAUUCGCAUUCAUUGUUGCCGCCACGUAGAGGAGGGCUUUCAAGGAAGUCGGAUAAAACCCGACGGAAAGUGCAGUGGAACGACAGGAAUGGAAACAAACUUGUUGAGGUUUUGGAAUUUAUACCCAGGUCUCUUGAGAACUAGGAGCUUGUCUCUUACAAGUUGCCGUUUAUGUCAUGUCAUAACUUGCAUUCAAAAAAGAAAUAUUGUGAUCAAGCCAACUUAAAGUCCUCCCACUUUUUACCACCAAGUUUGCUUUGGUUAGCAGCUUAGCAUGGUUCAUAUUCAUAUCAUAAGCACAGCAUCGCUGUGCUAUGUUUGAAUUGUACUUCUGAUCAUGUUAAAAAAAAAAAGUGUCUUUUUUGGCGGUUAAUCUCUUUCCAGUGUCCAAAGGGGCUGCAGAACGGUGUCAGUGCUUCAUCACUUGUGUUUCAAUGCUCUCUCUCUCUCUCUCUCUCUCUCAAGAAAAAAUGGAGGAUACCUUGUCCUUUGUUAAGUGCCACUCUCUUUUGGGGUUUAUGUGAUGAGUGCGCCAAAAGAAACUGUAUACGCUUCUCAUUUGCUUCUGUGAUCUCGACAAGGUUAAAAAUAUUUAAGUUGAAUUGAUUCAGACUUUAUGCGGACCUGUAAAAUACUUGUAAGAUGAUGCUUGGGCUUGAUGCCUGCAUAAUUUAGUUCUUAGCACAGGAGAUUUUUAGAUACCUCUUUAAGCUCCUGUUCUUUUGCUUUAGCUCUCAAAUAUGAUGUUCAUGAGUAGAGCCACUUUUCUAAAGCAACUACCUAAAGGUUCAUUAGUUAGUUGAGGCAUCUUUUAUGUGUGCUUUUAUAAGAAGAAGCCUCAUGUGUUCAGUGUAUCCUCGUUCAAGUGUCCAACGCCAUGAUGAAUGACUGAAUUAUAUAUUGUUCUUAAUUUCCUUUAUUUUUAGGAAUGUAUGAUUGAGGGAAAUCCUCUCACUUAAUCCCUAGCAUCAAAGAAUGAGAGAAGAAAUUAUGUUAAAAGAAAACAAAAUUGUAGAUUUCAUGUCUUGGUAUAGAAGAGCACAUGGGAAUGUGCUGAAGUAAGCUGGAAUAUGGGCUCACAAGAGUUAAUUCUGUUUAAUAUUUAUAUCCUUGCCGCCCACUCUAGAAAGAGAUGAUAAGGUAGAAAAGCUUGAUGUGCUAAUUGGGUUUCAAAGUAUAACCAAAGCCUAGAAUUAGAAAGGAUUUAGGGUUGAUUUAUCUGCUUCAUGAGGCAUGGAAGAUGGCAUUUUGAUAAAAAGCACUUUAAUGCCAUGUUUUGGUGAAUUUUAAUUGCUUAUUUAUGAAAAUGUGGUAACAAGUUGCGGCUGUCAGCAUCGAGAAACUUACAUUCUGUAGAAACUAGAGGAGAAAGUGCUAGUAAUUGUAGAGAACCCAUUGCUGUUUGUUUCAUAACAAGGGAUGAUACAACUUAGAAGUCAUGUUCUACCUUCAUUCCAAUUGAGAACUUUUGGUAUAAACCGUGGACUCACUUUAUAUGGACCUUGUACAGUUUAGAGUUCAGACAAAGGAUUUUAGGCAUGUUUCAAAAUUAGGGAGCUGCUCUUAGGUAUGGUGGUGGAAUUAAACGCGUUGAAGCUUGUUGUUCUAACUUAUAUAUACUGUAACCUUUGCUUAAAUAGCUUUUUUCCAGAGGAGGGGGGGAUUGUGGCAUAUGAAAUUUUCUUGCUUACCUGGGAUGCAGCUUUAAAUUAUUUGAUAAUACAAAGUCAAUGUACUAAGCAAAAUUGAGUAUGAUAGAGUAAUAGACCUAAUCUGUGAUAUAUUCAAAUCUAUAUUAUAUCUGGUCUCCCAAUUGUGU